AUGAUUUGCUUUCACUUAACAGACAAUGAUGAAUGUCAACUUGGUACACACAUCUGUCAUCAACAUGCUUCAUGUCAAAAUACAGAUGGUUCGUUUGGUUGUAGUUGCAAUGAAGGAUAUUCUGGGAAUGGAACAACCUGCGUAGGUAGGUUGAGCUUCUAUUUGUUUCGAAUAAAUGUAGUUAGAAAGGGAAACAAUGUCUGAAAUAUUAAGUAAUUUCGAAAUUAUGUAAUGGUAAGUAUAAAUAUGGUUCCUUUCAAAAUUAAGUAUAUAGGUCAGACUGGACUUAUACAGAUUCUUUACAAUAUGUUUAGCUGUAUAAAAUUUAGAAAAACUAGCAGAAUAAGCUUGUAACAGUGUAAGUUCAAUAACCUUCAUCAUAUUCUUCACUAUUCACAAAGGCAUGAAUAAUAUUAUAAGGCCCAUAGUAACCGGAUUAUAAUGUGGUGUCCCCGCCCUUCGUAAUUAAUAUCGUUGUAUAUGUUGUGGUGUUUUAAAUGUUCAUAAUAUACUGUUUGACCCUGUUUGAAUAUGGCAAAGUUCAACAAAUAAAUAGAUUAACUAAUUAAUAUUUGGUGAGAAAAAAAUGAUCUAAAAUUUAUAUAAAUAAUCAACCUCAUUUUGUGUGUAAUGUAUUCUACAAUCUUUAUUCUCAAGAUUUCCUGCGUAUAUUAUUAACAAUGAAAAUAAAACAUAGGUUAAUAAUUUGAGGGUUUUUUAGACAUCAAUGAAUGUAACAACGAUGAAGAUAACAAGUGCUCACCGUUCGCUAUAUGUAAUAAUCAAAUUGGAACAUAUGAAUGUCUUUGCAAGAAAGGAUUUGGAGGCAACGGAAUACAAUGUGGUCAGUAAAUAAUUAUAUAUCCAUAUUUUAUUUUUGCACUGGGUGUAUCGAUGUUAAAUUGCAUACGACACGAGAAUAUCGUUAAUAUUCUAAACACACAUUCAAGAUCAAAACAGAUUUAUCAGUUAACAAAGUUAUCAGGAGGUUUUGUUUUUGUUAUUACGUCACUGGUUGUCCUCGAGUCUAAUUUCUCAGAUCAAUGCGAAAUUAAAUGAAAUUUUGUACCGUUAUGGUUAGUGUACCUAUGCAAACAUUUUAGAUUGUUUAUGCACCUACUGUAUGUAAACAUUUUAGAAUGUCUAUGGUUAGUGCACCUAUGUAAACAUUUUAGAAUGUCUAUUUGGUUGCCAUAGGAACACAUUAGUUACCAGGUCUCUAUCUUCUUAUUUUGUUAAUAUCUCCUGUAAUUAUAAACACUUUGGAAGUAAAUUUUUUACUUCAUAUUUACCACGGCGGCACGGCACCUAUAAGAACGAUAAUAAUAAAUGAAAAUCUCAAAAUUUCCUUUCUAUUUUAAUGAAAGCAAAGAAUUGGACCAAUAAAAGAGAGAGACCCGGUAAAUAAUGUGUUGCUAUGACAACCAUAUAAACGUUUCAAAAUGCCUAAUUAAGUGCGGCUACUAAUUGUUCCGAAUUUAUUUAAUUUCGUUAAAUCACUUCUGAGAUAUUAGUCUUUACUUUUGCACCAUUGUAAAAUGACUAUAAUUUGAGGUUUUGUUCAUCGUAGAAUGAUCUCAAAUUUUGCAAAGAGAUGCUCUUGAGGCCGCUCAACUGAAAAUCCUUUCAAAGAGACAGAAACCCCUAAAAAUAUUUAUUUGAACAUUCCUUAUGUGGCAAGUCUUAAUUUCCAUAGACGGUAAAAAAAUGUAUUCAUGCAUUAUUUAUAACAUUUUGUCUCCGUUGACAGAUACAGAAUGUCUUGAAUCUAAUCUUCGGAUGGCGUGUUUAUACCAUCACAACUUUACUCCUUCACUUCCUUUGCAAUUUAUACUACCCUAUUUCUUCACUUCCCAUCUUUUCUUAGCUAAAUACCAAGUGUUCAACAAAAUAUUUGCGUCUUUCUAUCCAUUUUACUGACGUCUUUUUCUGACAUUUUAUUUUUGUAUAGACGAUAUAGAUGAAUGCACAGAUCCCACACCUCCUUUACGGUGUAGAGGACUAGGUCAAGGAUGUACCAACUAUCCAGGAGCAUAUCGCUGUAGCUGCAUCAGUCCCAGACAACAACUUACUGAUGACCAGUCAGCAUGUGUUGGUAUGUAUGAAUCAAGGACGGACUGA